AUGGCUUCAUUUGAAGAAUUUGAGGUUUGUUGUAUUUCAGUUAUACAGGGCUUUAUUAGAGACUUAAAAAGCUUGUAGAGAUGAAUUUACUGAGUGUGUCACCAACUUCCUCCGAUCUUGAAUAUCAAAAGGUUUCUUUUUAAGCAAAUGAUCUCUCAAACUGCCCUUUAGAAAAGUGUUUCCUUUUUUUGCAUUCAAUAUUUAGAUUAUAAGAGUAGGUUUUGCUUAUUCUUGUUGGACUGAAAAGGAGGUAAACUGAUUGUUUCAUAUUAAUCUUCAAUAUAAUAUUAAAUUAAAUAAUUUAAGAAAAUUAGCGACUUUUUUUAAUUAGCAUUCGAAACUUUCCUUGUAAUUGCAUGCAUUGUUUUGUUUCUAUUGUUUGUUUUGUCCAAUCAGCAUUUUGUUAUACACUUGAAAUUCAACCUUGUACCUAGUAUAAAUCAAAAUUGAAGAUGACUGAAGAACUGUCGAAACAUGUUUUAAAAAAAUGCCACAUGUUUUCUUAAAUUCGUGGCAUAUCUGCUACUAUCCAGAUCUUUUUGUAAAGGAAAUAACUUGUUUGACCCCAAUCCAAGACUUUGUAGAACUUUACUGAUUAACAAAAAGAUUCCAUGUCACUGUGAGUCUGUUCAGUAAAAGAUUACAGAUAACAUCAAAUGUGGUAAGAACAGAAAAAGUGGCACUUGAGGUGGAGCCAAGUUUGUCAAUGAUGCUCUGACUACUACAUUUUGACGUCAUCUGCGAUCUACUACUGUACAGACCCACUGCAACCUGGAAUCUAUUUGUUUUAUGUGACUACAAACCAAAAUUUUGUUGAGGGUGAUGUCAUCUGUGCAUCUGUCUGCGAAUAUAUAGACCUGUACUUAUCAUAUAUUGAUCACUUCAAAUUUACAAGAAGGUCAUUUAAGUGAUAUUCAUUUUGUUGACAAAUCUUUUAAACAACCAAACAUUUAAUGUUUACACUGUAUCUUGCUAUCAACCAUAAUACUAUCCAUGAAAAAAUAAUGCACAUCUGAAUGGCUGAAAAUGAGUGCAUUUUUUAUGUAACAUGGGUGCAAAGUUGUGACACAAUUACAAAUUGCAAAAAGCACACACUGUCGAAAUUAUAAAUUUUUCAAAGAAUACAAAUUGCAUUCACCCUAUGGGCACAUUUAACUUUUUUGUCUGUGAUAAAUUUACACAUGCUUAUUAACACCAAAUUACGCUGUCUCGAAGUUGUAUUAUAAUCUAUAGUGACUUACUGGCAUUUGUCAGAUGUGAGUUAUCAGUCUAGUUCAUAUGCACUGUGACCUCUACUGCUUCAAUGCAAACAAUAGGGGGAGUUUGAUGCUUAUGAGUAUGUGGAACGUCUGGCAAGCACUGUGGAUGGUGGAGGGUCAAAAGGUGGAGCUGGAGCUUUUGAUCCCAGAACUUUGUGUGACGUGUUUGAAAAAACUAUCAAAGAACUGACAGCUCUAGAUGAGAAGAUGCAGGGAAGAAUUAACAAACUUGAAGAACUCUGUGGGAAAGAACAGGAACAACAUAAACAGAAAUCUCGAGAACUGGAAUCAACUUUUAAGGUACUUGUUAACCAUUUAACUUCUAAGAGUGAUUGGCUUCUAAUUUCUCCUUACAGUUUCAACUUUGAAUCAAUUGUAAUGCCAAGAGAAUAAAGGAAAUGAUCACCAUUUCAAGAAGUUCUUGAUUGUCAAGCAAAAUUAAUUUCUUUGUCAGUGCCAUAGGAAAUGUAAAGAGAACAGUGUGGAGAAUAUAAAUACCAAUGUAAAGUUUAAAAGUGUUAAGGUGAAGUUUGUUACCUUUUAUUUAUUCUGAUUAUGAAGUCGCAUAUCAGGAGGGUCGGUUUGAGCGGUGAUUGAAAUGAAGGAGUUUGCUUCAUGUUGGUAGCUGUGUGGUAUUUUAGUGCCAUUACAUUGUAGCCUAUUCUUUAAAAUGAUAAACUGCCAACAAUAGAAAAACAAAAGGUCUAAAAGCUUCUGCAUGCACAUGUGAUUUUUUGACGUGCACAAUUUUUUUAAUUUGCAAUUGCAUGUGAUUUUUGGUGCAUAUAUGUUGUGGUUCAAUUUUAUCCUUGGUUCAAAUUUUAUUUUCCUUUGUUUCAAACUCAUUAUCAUACAAUACAACACCCAAAAACAAAAGAAACAUAAAAUUUGAACCAAGGAUAAAAUUGAACCACAACAAAUAUGUAGGCAGUAUGGUCUAGAUAUCGAACUGUUCUUCUGACUGUGUAUGAUAUAUUUUGUUUAAAUAUUCCAGGGUAAAAUUAGAUUUAAAACUAUUCUGAAUUGUGAGCUUUGAUAAUGAGACUUUAUUCAUAUAUCAUUAACUUUUCUUGUAGACUGCAUCUUCCCUCUUUCAAGAAUUGGAUGACCGAAUAAACUAUGUGGCUACCAAAGUGGUUCAUCUGGGAGACCAGUUGGAAGGAAUCAACACUCCAAGGUCCAGAGCGAUUGAGGCUCAAGAACUCAUGAAAUAUUUUGAUGAGUUUGCUACAGGAAAACAUGUUUCAACUGUGUUUAGUGACCAGUUUAGGGUAAGAGGUUAUUGGAUUAUUAGAUUCUGAGCAGUGGAGUGCUUGUAACAACUGUGUUGCAUGGAAUUUAAGGAGUUUUCAUUUUUGCAGACAGCCCUUGAUGGCAGAAAAAUAAGCUCCAUGAGAAAAAAAUAGAUCCCACAGAGUGAUACACUGUAACUCUAGUAGCAAAUCAACACUUAACUUUUUUCCUUUUUUGCUUCAGAUUCAUGAAGCAGCAAACAUCAUACAAAAGCUGUCACUUAUUGCCCACGAACUUCCUGCUGAGAGGUAGGACAAGUGAUGUACUUUUAAUUUCUUUAUAUAAUUAAUGAUACAAGGGGUUAGAAAUAGCACCUUUGAAAGCAUGACAGAGAUGAGUCAGUUUGAAAUAAUUAUUCCUUCAAUAAAGUUUUAAUUUAAGUUCUACUCUGCUUGAGAUUUUGAGUGUGAUCAUACCAAGAGAUGAAAAAUGCCUACAUUGUUUUUAAAGAAAUGGAAAGCGACCACACUAAGUACAAUUUAUUUGGUUUUAGGUUUGAAGAUGUCCAAAAAAGAAUCAAAGGUAGGUAUGCAAUGUAGGCUUUAAUAUACAAUACAACUGCCACUGUACUUGAACAUAUGACCUGGGCUGUUACUCAUAUAAGAUGCAAGUUUAUGGCAUUUACUUGUUUUUAAGUCUGCUUGUUAGUAGGGAGAUCCUGUAACUGUAGUUCCAUACUUUUCAUUAGUGUUCUGAUUAAUUGAAAUAUAGCAGUGGCAAACUGUAAUGAUUAAGAAAUUAGAAAAGGAAUAUUUACUUAUUCUGAAGUUGUUUUCUUUGUAAACAACUUCUAACUUAGAUAUGUUUGAGUAUGCUCAGUACCUGUUUCCUGGAUAAUUUAUGGAUAUUGUGGGAAGCAGUUUACUUGUUUAGCACUUCAGGGUGUUGAAGUGUUAAGUAACUAUGGGUUUAUCCAUACAGACUGCCAUGAUAAAGUGGAAGUCGCUUUGAUUGAAGAAUUUGAAGAAGCCCAUCAUCAGGGAAAUAUCAGUGGUAUGAGAGAUUGUGCAGAGACAUUGCUUCCCUUCAAGGUGAGUAGUGAGUCAGCUGCUGGCUAUUCAAUCAUUGUUUAUUCUUGUGGUUGUUGGUUGUUUAGUUACUGGUGGCUCAAGGACUUGAUUGUUUCAGUCCUUGAUGAUCAUUUGGUGCUAAUCAUGUCAUUUAAAGACACUCUUUGAGAAAGGCUUAGUGAUAUAAAAACCUGACAUAUAUUGCUGAGUGACAUUUUUUUCUUAAUAAUGAAUUACUUUUCCACAGGGCUACUCUCACUGCAUUGAUUCCUUUAUCAAACAAAGUCAGAAGGUAAAGUAUAUUACCUCCUGACCAGUAUAUAUGGCUUUUAUUCAUAGUCAGUUAUAGACAAGUGCAUUUACAAAAUCACCAUGUCAGAAGAUCGCCUUUAAUUUUUUUGUGAAAGGCUGGUGAGAGAAAGAAAUUUGUACCAAAGUGGUCAGGGGUGGUUAAAAGAAAGGGGAGGGGGUGGUGAAAUCUUUUCAUUUUUCCCCCCCCCCCCCCCCACACCAUCCACUACAACCCUAUAUCUAACACGGCCGACCCGAAAAAGAAUCACGAGCUUGUAACGCUAACAUGACUGCACUACAGGCUAGAAAGUAUCCUCCCUAAGAAUCUAACUGAAGGGAAAUGAAAAUGAAAAGAACAGUUUAAGGAAAGUAUCUAUCAGGUCAUUUCUUUUUUUUUUUUUUUUUUUUUUUUUUCCCAUGUGUUAUCAUGAUACUCAUGUUAUUUUGUUCCACUAAAGGGUCAGUUCCUGUCUUCUGAUGUAUUUCAAGAUGUGAUACCGCUCUGUGAACGGGUUCAUAGCAUGGUUAACAAAGUUUUUAGCAAUAAUGCUGAAGUUGUAAUGGGAAAGCUAGUGCAGAAUAUUCAUGAGGAUGUGCUCAAGGUAUUAAUAAUCCUCGUUUGUGGCGUCUUUUUUUCACAUUUAUCUUUUUUAAAACUAAUUGCCAUCUAAUGGAAAGAAUCUUCAGAAUCAUAGUUUUCUUCUUGAAAAACUUCAGUAUAAAUCGAGUCAUUUGAUUUUCACAAGUCGUUGAAAAGUUUUUGUUUUUGUUAUCAGUAUCUUGAUUACUUUCUCCCAUUCUGUUUACACAUGAAAUAGUUAUGAGUGUUUUACAGUACUCAACAUCAUCUACCCUUUAUUACAAACAAGUUGACCUAUUUGUUCAUUGUAGAAACAUGUGGAUUCUCAACUCAGAAACUAUGGCUCAGACAAGGAACAGUCACUGAAAAACCUUCAGAACUUGUACGAAAGGUAAUAAUCAGGAUAUAAUGUUUCCUUUUUUGACCUUUAUAUUUGCUAUAUUUCUUGCACUAUCAAGUAGCAGUAUUUUGACCAUUUCACCUGAACUUGUCAUCUCUUACUAUUUUAUCCAUUUUUACAGGGCCAAGAAACUUGGAGAAAAACUCUCUGGUUACAAACUUGGAUCAGAUUCCAAUUUUCUGGAAAGACUGAGAAAAAAUUUAUUCAGUGAAUACUUAUCAUCUUACAUCAAGUGGGUGCCACUUAACAGCAAGUUAGAUAGGUUUCUUUUCCACUCCCAAUGAAGGGAAUGCAUUGUCACUGUGCUCCUAUAUUAAUGCUCCUUAACACAAUGUUGACACAGGUAACUGCGAAUGCCAAAAAAGGUUAGUUGUGAAAUUGUCUAAAACUACGUCGCGCGCGAAUCUGAAAAACAUCGAUCAGUAAAAAAAGGAAAGAAAACAUUAAUGUAAGCUCGGCACGCGGAUUCAGGGGAGGGAGGGCCCUUCAUUUCGUGCGCCUCGCUCUUAGCGUUAUGCGCAGCGCGCUUACAUCAAUUUUUUCACUGCUUUUUUUUGUUUGAACUCGCGCGAGGGACUAUGCCGAAAAGUAGGGACUGCUCGUAGUCUAAUUUUUACACUGAGCACUCACAGUUCUUUCAGAGCCCCUUUUUAAAAGUUCUUGAUUCAUGCUGUUUGUACUGUACAACAUAAACAAUACUUGACAUUACUACUUUUGUGUCAUAGAACAGAGUUAACUUUUCUGUCAGAGAAAUCAGCUGCUAUUUUGGAGAAGUACUACCAUUCUAUAAACCAUGAAAAAAGGGACAGGAUCACUGGUGCGAGGUACGUGUGUAGACUGUUAUGUUUAUUAAAUAUGAGUUUUGAUGUCUAGUUUAUAAACCUCCUCUGGCAGCUUUAAGCCUAUUUUAGGAAUUCGGUUUGUGGAAACGAGCGUGAAGCAAGGGCGAGCGAAGAAAAUUAAAGCGAGAGGAUUGGAACUAGUGGGAGGAUUUUUUGGACACCAAAUCAGAUUUGAAUUAACACAUCAAUGUACUUUCUUCUUGAAAUACUGAAUAUUUUUUCCCUGAUGAUUUUCCGGUUUCUCGAUUUUGUUUUCAGUCUUUUGAGUACGGAAUUGACCAAAAGGAUACCACUCAGAAUGCACGCGAAUUCCAUGGACUCCAGUAAAGAGACUACUCUUCUGUCUCAAGAUGUGGCUGUUAGUCUUUUGCAAGAAAAUAAAAUGGCUUUGAAAAGAUGUGAGCUGGUGAGGGUGAUGAAAUCCUUGUAUUCCUUUAUUCUGUUUUUAUGCUUUUUCCCCCUAUCCAGCUUGCUAAGUAACUAAAAUACUGGGCUGCAUCUCCCGGGCUCGUUUACUGGGCACAUAAAAAUCACACAAACACAUUGAUCUGGAGUAAAAAUGGCAGAGGGCAAAGGCCCAAAGCCAGUUUAAUCAGUAAUCAAAACUGAAUCAAUUAUUACCCAAAAUAUUUGAAUCUGGGAAAAAUAGCUUGCCCAGUAAAGGUGAGGGCUGAAAAAAAACGCCAACAAAAUCAACUAUUAACUUGAGCUAAAACAAAGACAUGUGGCUGGAAUAAGGGGAGGAGGUGGGGUACAAACAAACGUGUCACUUGCGAAGAAAUCUGAAGUGAAUGACUCUGUGAAUUCUGUCACGAGUAUUAGACUCCACAAAAGGUGGGGGGUCGAUACAUUGCAAUACUCGCAUCCCUUAACCAGGCCUGUCACGCAUCUUGCAUUAUCAUGCAACGCUCUCUACACGUGACUAACAUAUAUCAGCAAUUAUCACAAUAAUAGAACAUUAAUAAUCGGGGGAAAAAAAGCAUAAAAAUCCUAUUCGCGAGCAAAUGUUUUCUUUUUUUUUGUUCUUAUUCCCAUGAUAGUGGCGUGCUAAGAAAAUCUCCAUCGAUGUAUGAUAUAUAGUGCAAGAGAGACUGAAAGCACACAUUGUCUCAAGCUUCAUAUCAAAGAAUGAAAUACAAUAAGUGAUGUCAAAUUUAUAUAAAGAUGUAUCCUAGCGAAAAAGCGGAGCUGCGAAUGUUUCUCCUGGCACAUUCGGUCACGGAAGUUGAGGUCCGAACGGGAAUGGGUUGCUUAGAAACCCUCAAGUUUAUUGAAAUCUUCCUAAGGAGGGCCUAUCAUGGAAUGAAAUACGGUGAAUGAUGAGAGACUAACAUACUGGGAUCCUCGAUCCCUAAUCAAAUAUUUGAAUUUCCUCUUAUAUAUCACACUCUAAUGUACAGUGUUUUUCUUGUAGUUGUCUUCUCCGUCUGACAUGGCAGCAAAUGGAGUGGAAAUCUAUCAAAAAUUGCUAUACAAUCUGUGUACCGAGCACAUUGACUACGCACUCAACGUCACCUUGCAAGGUAUCUUAUCAAAUACAAGUAGUCAACUGAGUCAGGAAAUUUUUGUCCGUUAAAGAUGCGUUUUAAGAUUCCAAAGAUUGUUCAAAAAUUGUCUUUGAAUAUUCAAAAAUUCAAUUGCGAACGCCACGUUUAUGAUUAUAACUUGGCCGACACGCCAAACCACUCUUCCAAAAAAGAGUGUUCCUUUAGUUUUCGAAAACGAAAAUUGUUUAAGUUAAAAAUACCUUUGUAUGCAGCUCCUGUUACUUCAAAGAGAUCGUCAAGUGAUGGGACCAUAGUUGAUAUAAAUUACUCAUAUUCAACCGCGUUUGAUAUUCCAAAGAGUAACUUAACCGAUCGAAAAUUGUCAUGGCCGCGCGUCGAAACCUCAUCGUGCUGUUCACAAACAACUGUUCACCCGGUUUCCGCAAAAGAAAGUCAAGAAUACUUUUUUUGUGGGCUCCUAAUUGUUAAAAAAGAUUACCAAGCGGUGGGGAAAAAAGCUAGGCCUCUAUUACGUCAUGGGUUGCUGAGCAAGACAAUUGUCGCAGAGUUUAUUUCGCAUGUGCCUCUUUAUGAAGGAGAUAAGAACUAAAUGGAUUCUUAAGCAAUUGCUUCACUGCUCCAAGUCUCCUUUGGCUCCCUCUUUUAAUAAAAGUUUAAAACCAAUUUUUUAUUCGGUAGCAAUACCCUCAGCGGAACCUAAGGCACCGCCGGAGAGCCUGUUUUUCAAAGUGUCUGAGCAAGCCAAUGCCAUCUUUCAUCUGUUUGAGAAACAUUUCACGGACUGUGUGAUAGGACUAGUCGCGUGAGUAUUUGAUGCACAAUAUUGAAGGUAGUUUGAGGUUUUACGACAUCAAACUCGAUAGCAAGUGCCAGCUAGCGGUUUAAUAGAAAGUUAUGGCUCUUAACAUUUUGAUGUGUCAGAGCGCUUUCCGAUUGAGUGUUAGAAAACGAAAACAAAAUUAAUCACAGCUGCCAAUAUUAAGGAAGGAAAAAACUCUUAGGAGCCAAUGAGAACUCAAAGGAAAAAACAAGUAAACUUCUUAAAGCGCGGGAAAACGCGGGUGACGAAGACGUGAUUGGUUUUAGUUUUGCAUCUGAUUGGUUGAGAGAGUGGUAUGAGUUUCUGAAUCAUCAUCGAGCGAAGUAUAGCAAUACCAUACUCGGAUAUUUGUCGAAUUUCAAUUUAAAAUUGCUCUAUUGAGAGGUCACCGAGUUAAAUGGAUGCCUAGAUGAAUUUUGUUUGCGGGUUCGACUAGUUUUACCCACUAAACCAGAUCUCAACUUAAUGCCUUCCGUUAAACGUACUCAUGUCAUUGUUUACAAUAUUAAAAACGCUAUGAGAACCUCUGCACAGAUCUUCGCCAGUUUAUGCCGAAUGCGUCCGAAAGAAGAAGGCAAUAAUGGAAAUGAUGGAAAGCAAACUGGACUCUGGUAUAGACCGGUAAGGUUUUUGUAUUUUUAUCCCCGGCGCAGGCUACACCGUAAACUGCAUUAUCGCUAAAUUUUAAGUUGAUAAUCUUAACACGAACUUUGCUUCUGGAAACAUUCGAGGAUCGUGGAUAGAGUUUCUAGGCUUCACUUCGAGAAUCGAGUUUUCUUAUACAUGUGUGUGUAAUUUCUCUUUAAUCUCAGGGUAUCUGCUCUUCUAGGAGUUAUGUCACAUGUGCCAUGGACGUUUAUUUCGACUCACUCUGCAACUUAAGUCGCCAAAACGUUUCCCCCCUCGCCAUGGAUAUCAGCUUACAGUGAUACCGAAACUUUCUGAUAAUCUUUGUAAAAUUACAUUAUUACACUCACUGAGCAUAACUUUUCACUCCCGUGAAGGUUAAGACAUCUUAUAUUCUGUGUUUUGCAUUUUACUCUCCCCCCAACCCCCCCCCCCCUCCCCAUCUCUCUCUCCUGUUUUGAAAGUUUGUCGUGCUUCCGAAUACGCCGUACUUAUUUACAUCUUAGUUUUUCGGCUAGUUGUUAUAAAUUUAUUUUAUCGUUUCCUAUAUGCUUAGCAGAGAAUUGAUAUAUAUUUUGAAGAAAGAAGACGUUGAGUUUUAUGAUCAGUUACCAAUCAUACCAUUGUGUUUUGCAGGAUUCUCACGUCAAUGUCAGGUUGGAUUAAGAAUAUUUUGUCAACAGAGCAGAAGAAAUCAGAUUUUAGACCUGAAGAACAUGGAGUGGGACUUGUGGAGAGGACGACGGUACUGAAUUGUUAUCAAAGCUGUAAAGUGUAAAGAAAACUCAUCAUCAGUAGUUAUUGGAGAGCGGUUACAGAGGUUCCAUUGGGUUUUUUGACCGCGCGAGAUCUGGGUAUAGAGGAGAAGGGUUAAAGGCUACUUUAACUCAUAACCACCCCCCCCCCCUCCCCCCAAGAGUGUCAAGCAUCUAAUUUCUCACUACAAUAUUACCCCUGAAUCAAACAUUAAGGUCACGAGAAUAAAGGAAAUAAUCACCAACUAAAGAUGCUCUUGAUUGUUAAACAAAUUCUCCUUGUCGGCACCCUAGGAAAUGUGAAGAGAUCGGUAUGGAGAAUGUGCAUACUGAUGUUAGGGUGUAAAGGGUUUAGGUCAUAGACGUAUCCGUUCAUUUUCAUCUGUGAGAAGUCCACUUUGAUCUUUGGGGAUUGUGAGCAAUGAGUUCGUGUUGUUCCUUAAAACACUCCUUCACACAGAAGAUGUUCUGCAAAUGCCAUAUGAUUUGAUAGCAAAGUACGCUUCAGCGAUCUGGUCAAACUUUGCAACAGAAUAAAAGGAAGAAGUGAUCGUCAGUUCCCCUUGGUGCAAACGUCUUUUUUCACUUUUGUGGUACUUCUUUUUCGACAAUGAAAAGGAUCUAUAUUUAAAUGCGGUAUGUUUCACCUGAUAUACUCGUGUGUUAUUAAUGUUUCUUUGUUGUGUGUUGACAGGCGUGCGCCAAGACUUGUGAAUUCAUUUAUUCCCAGCGGAAGUUCAUCCAGGAAUCGAUGGAUGGAAAGAACUUGGAGUCGGUUCUCACAGAAUUCGGCACACGAAUUCACCGUCAGGUGUUUGAACAUCUACAACAGUUUCAAUACACUUCAAUAGGUAAACAAUGUUUGUUUCACGCUCGUUUCGUUUCACGUUUGACGUUUUCUCGUUUCAUGCUCUUCUUAGCUCGAAGAACGCGCCUCACUCGUUCUUAUUGCAAAAGACACACACUUGUCAUGGCUACUUAAGUGAGCUUUGUGUUCAUUGUCGUUUUUUUUUUUUAGGAGGAAUGGUGGCCAUAUGCGAUAUAAGCGAGUACAGGAGCUGUAUCAAGGAGUUCAAGGUAAUUAAAAAUAUUCGUACUGUCGUGUUAGCCUGUUGGCUUUUCAGUCCCCAUUUAUUCUCCUUAUUGAACAGAGAUGAACAGAGGGCAAUUUAACUACCCCGUUUCAGAACGUACCCAGUGACAACUCGUUCUGAAUUUUAACGCCUUAAUCUCAGGCAACUACAAAGUUCCUAGCCUCCCACACCCUAUAGAAUGAAUGUUUUAGGGGAGAAUUGUUGUUCAGACAUGUUAUAUAGCGUUGUGCAUUCUAGUGCGCCUUUGUGUUCCAAGGAGCCGGUUGUUGGAAAGACGGUAAGUGCUGGAGUAAACGUUAUGAUGUUUGAUUCUUCAUGUAUAAAAUGGUGUAUGGACGGUUACUCUCGAGGGGGUUUUAUCAAAGUGCAAGUCUGAACGAAGAAAACAGGAACGAAAUUGUGGGGCUGCGUGCAAAGCUACUGAACUUACUCAAAACUUUACAUCAACCCUGUGUUGCUUAGUUUUAAUUGAUGUCGUUUUUUACAACCCAGCCCUGUGUGGUAAAUGAUAAUUUUGAUCCUUUUUAUUUUUUUAUUAGAUCCCCCUGCUAGUCAAAUUAUUUGACAAGUUAUACUCGCUCACGAACUUAUUAGUCGUCCAACCAGAAAACCUGAAACAAGUCUGUUCAGAAGAGCAAUUGGUAAGUAUGUGAAUGAACAACUCUGAUUUCGGUUUGGUAUUCAAAAGUUUGAAAAAACUUUCUGAUAUUUCUUCCCGAAGCUCGUGUAGUGCUUACCUUAAACUCCAGAAGUAGGUUAGAGUCAAUGGUAGUAGUCACAGUUGACUUUUCAGCCCGUUUGAAUGUAGUUUGGAAUGGUUAAGUUACCCAGGAAUCUCUAAAACGCUGUAAGAAGGGAAUUUUUGAAUUCGCUUUUUAAAGACGGUGAUAGAUUUAUAUGGCUUCAGCAGGAUAUACUGCUCGUUUACGAGGCAGCUCGAUGCCAAACCUUCACGUAAAUACUGUACAUCAAACUUACCACUAUUCCUCCUGUUUUGUUUUAGGCAACACUAGACAAAGCUGUUUUACAACAGUUUGUACAACUUCGAGUUGAUUACAGAACAGCCAAACUGUCCAAGCACUUCAUGUAAUCCUCACCAAAGAAAACUGCAACUUUUUCACUUUUGAUCUCACAGUCCACUCUGUUCUGUUGGUCCAGGAGUCCUCUCCAUUUGACACUUUAAAAAGAUGAUCUGACGACUAGCAUUCAGUUCAUGGACGCCCUGGAGCGUUGGAACGAAUCACUUAGUGUAGAUCUCAACCUAUCUCUUUCCUUGGAUGAAUGACGAUAGUAAUGUAGUAAUGUAACUCGUUUCGGCAUACUACCUCGUUUCCAGGGUCCUCUCUUUUGUUCCUUCGAGGUCUCCGAGCAAACUGACCGCACUUUGGUUCCUUACUGGCUCUGUAUUGUUAAACUUAGUCCCACUACUAUGUUCAUCUUUCUUGCUCGAUAUGUUAACUGUCUCAAGUGUAACUAGGGUUGAAUUUAAAGUGAAAAAGUUAAUGAUUUACCGUCAAGGCUCUCGUUAUCAGACUACGUCAAAUUUUGACGUUGUUUCCUUCUGGACGGCCAGGAAGUUUACAAAGUUUCAAAACGCACGUGCAGAGCCGUUCUGCCAGUUGAAUUUUUUUUCCGGUACGUUUUCGUUGUUGUCGCCGUAGGGGUUUCUUAAAGUCUGCAAACUCUAAUGAAAUUUGGCGAUCAGAAUUUAAUUUCGGAGAAUGCAGACUAACCAGAGAGCUUUAAUUACUGACAUCUCUCUCACGGUGAUGGAUACGAAACAAUGUGUGACUGGUGAACUCGCCCCUUAGUAAGUUCGCUUCCAAUCGGAGAGACAUCUUAAUUAAGAGAUCUUCGAUAGUUUUUAGUAAAGAAGAUUAAGUAAUUAUUGACCUUUUCAGAAACAUGUGCUAGGUUUCUGAAUUAUACCUCUCUUUAUGAAUGACACACAAAAUUUCCUGACAAUCUAUUUUUUCAUUUGAACCUUGUAACACACUUGUGCAUCAUAGUCUGUGGUUUAUUGGUGGAGCGUCGGAGCGCAGGAUCUGUAGGCCUAAAAUCGUUCCCCCGUAGAAACUCAAAUUAUUACUUAGUCCCACGCUCUUAAAAAAAAAAAAACAUCUCUAUUUGCUUUAUCUUGGGUAUAGUAGACUCUCUGUUAAGUUCAUGGACCAUUUCAUCAGCCAAGUUCUGACACUUUGACGUUUAUCGACCGUCGUUUUUACUUUAAGUUCAAGUUACCAGAGUAAAUUUGAGCUGACGGAAAUAAAAUUACUUCGAUUUGACGGGGAGUCAAAGUACACCGAGUUCGAGUUUGCUGAUGGUAAAUGACAGGAAAAAUAGUGGUAAAUUCAGAAUAAAAAGGGAUCUUGUUCGAGUUAGCAGGAGGUUCGAUAUCGCGGGUUUCUACUGUAUCUACCGCUAUAAAUAGUGUUAAUAAUGGAACAAACGGGAAAAGGAAUAAAUUAAUAGCUACAAAUGUGAAGGAGACUUCCUAAUAUACACAAUUAUGACUACCCUGAGCAAAUCCAAAUUUUGUGAGCUAGGUUUUAUUAAAGUUGUAAACAUCGAUAAAGUGC